CUCGGAUCCCGUCCAAUUUGUCUCAAACUCGCAUCGUAUUCGGUGCCAUUGUGCUUGUUUUUUCGCCCUUGCAUUGCUCGUGACUCACUCCCAGCCGCAAUUUUUGUUGGCUUAUAAGAACCAGACGACCGAGGAAAAUAUCGCCAAAGGCCUACACCUGAGCUACUCACUCACUCACUCACUCACUCACUCGCCCACUUCUGCUCAUCACAAAUCAAUCCAACAACAAAAAUGCCUGCCAGAGAGGACAUUACAUAUUUUGGCGCUGGCCCUGCGCUGCUUCCUACGGACGUAUUGAAGAAGGCUGCCGAAGCGCUUGUUGAUUUCCAGGGCACCGGACUUGGGCUGGCUGAACAUUCUCAUCGCUCCGAGAUUGCCAACACCAUCAUCAAUGAGGCCAAGGCCGAUCUAGCCUCGUUUCUCGACAUCCCCGAUGACUAUGAGAUCCUCUUCAUGCAGGGAGGCGGCACGGGCGAGUUCUCAGCCACGGCCUACAACCUGGUUGGCUCCUGGGUCGCCAACAAGCGCGAGGAGAUCUUUGCACAGCCCAGACAUGAGGACGACGGCUUGCCAUCACAGAUGCAGCUCCUGAAUGAUGCAGUUAACAACGAUCUCAAGCUGGAUUACAUCAUCACCGGCAGCUGGUCUGCCAAGGCGGCUGCCGAGUCGGCAAGACUGUUUGGACAGGACAAGGUCAACGUCGCCGUUGAUGCCAGACUCACCAACAACGGCAAGUUCGGCAUUAUCCCUGACGAGAGCACCUGGAAACUGUCCAAAGAUGCUGCCUUGGUUUAUUUUUGCGCGAAUGAAACUGUCGACGGCGUGGAAUUUCAGGAGUUCCCCAAGGUCCUGACCCCCGGUCCUGACGGCAAGGGCCCCAUUGUCGUGGCCGAUAUGAGCUCAAACAUCCUUUCACGAAAGAUUGACGUCAAAAACUACUCUCUCAUCUUCUUUGGUGCUCAGAAGAACCUUGGAUCUGCCGGCAUCACCGUUGUCAUCAUCAAGAAAAACCUCAUUGCUCCCAUCACUUCGCAGCCCUCGGCACCCUCGAUGAGACACCUUGGACUCCCUAUUCCCCCUAUCAUCUUGCAAUACGACACCAUUGCUCAGAAUAACAGCUUGUACAACACGCUCAGCAUUUUCGAUGUCUACAUCGCCGGCCAAGUCCUGAAGAAGGCUCUGGCCACCUACCCGGACAAAGUCAGCGGCCAAGAAACUCUCUCCAAGCAGAAAGCCGAGCUCAUUUACAAUGCUCUGGAUUCCCACCCUGAUGUAUACCGCAUCGUGCCCCAUAAGUCGGUGCGCUCCAGAAUGAACAUCUGCUUCAGGGUGACCAAGGGCGGCGACAUCGACGCUGCUGAAAAGGACUUCUUGAAGCAGUCCACUGCUCUAGGCCUCACUGGUCUCAAAGGACAUCGUAGUGUUGGCGGAAUUCGAGCUUCCAACUAUAAUUCUAUAGCGUUGGAGGGAGCCCAGAAGCUGGCCCAGUUUCUUGUUGAUUUCGCAAAGGCUUCUUGAGCGCGGUUUGCGCCUUGGGCCGCCGUUAUGGGUUGGAUGAAUGAUGGGCGUUUUAUGACAUGCUCUAUAUGCUUGUGUAUAUUUGUGCAUGUACGUUGGUAUGGAUUUGCAUCAACUGGGACAUAUGGCUGUCGAAUUUCAACAUGUCCGAAAGCGUGGGUACGUGAUAUUUGGUGAGAUUGGAAAAGUUCAGGUAAAAAAUCUGCGUGUCGAUAGUCAUCAUUGAGCUAUAAGAUUCCUUGACAAUAAAACACAGACAUGUCUAUAACCAUCGCUGAGUUAUAAGAUUUCACAAUACU